AUGUAAUAAUCAGAUAAAUAUUAGAUUGUGAGAGUAAUUGUGAUAAUUUUAUGCCUUUUGUCAAUGAUAGGAUGUUCUCUAAUUUUGUGGACAUUAUUCAAAACACCAAGAUUAAGUAAAAACCCGGGGAGUAUUAUUUAAAGAAUGGCCAUAGCUUAAAUUGUAUUGAAAAGAAUGUUAUUAGAUUAUUACAUUUUUGAUGUUAUUUGCUCAAUUUUACAUUGGUCAUGAUAGUAGUAAUGAUGUUGGUGCAGCUUUUAUAAUUUCAUCCAAUUUUUGCUCAUUUAUAGGGUUUAUUGAGAUAUUUUUCUCCUCUGAAUAUAUACUCUAUAAUGUUUAUUUUCCGAUAAAUCUAUACUUUUCACUCAAAACUCAGAACUACAACUUUACUAAACACUUUAAGUUAAUGGAGAUAAUUUUUUUGAUGUUUUCAUCUGUUUUCACUUUAACAAUGGUCCUCGUAAAAGAUGUUAGAAUAAAGUAUGUUUAUAUAUGUAAAUAGUUUUGUUGGAGUGUGUGGUUUAUUAUUACAAGAUAUGUCUAAAGCUUUUGGUAGCAUUUUGGCAAUAAUCACAAUAGGUGUUUUAAUAUUGCUAAUACUUAUAGCCUUGGAGAAAUCAUUAUUCAAGACUACUAUAUACAAUAAGGAUUCAGAGAAAUUUCAUAGAAAAUAUCACAAAGAAUUUAAAAUUGUUAAUAUAUUGUAUACUACAGUAUUUCUAGUUUCUUACAUGAUUCCAACAUGUCUUAUGUUUUGGAAUCAAUUAAACUCUUCUCAAAGCGAUCAUUAAUAUUUAUUUCCAAUUAUCUAUCCCCUAGGGGGUAUUUUACUUUUCUUGAUCAGAAUAAAUGACCCUAUUGUUAAAAAGUAUUUAUAUAAUGUGUUAAUUGGAAAGAAGAAAAAUUAAAAUAAUAAAUUAAAGGACAAACUGUUACAAAAUUAGGAUGUAUCAAAUUAAAUUAUAUAAUAGUUCAAUGUAAUUGAUUAGAUUAGUAUUGAUUCAGGACUUGAGAUUAGCGUUUGCAAUAAUAAGAAACUUAGAUACACAGUUAAACAAGUGCUCAGUGAAAAAUAGAUAUAGUCAGAAUUCACACUCACUUCAGCAUUUGGUAGCGGAUUUCAAACCAAAUUGAUUAAGAGUAAUUAAGAUUUAUUCAUCAUCUUACUGUCUAUCAAAAAUGCAAUCAAUUAAUGUAUUGGAUAAACGUCAUAUUCCCUAAAAAGUUUAAAACCAUUUCAUUUUAAUCAUAUAACUAAAUAUUAAUUGUUUUUGUAAGAUGACUCUAAAGAGAUGGAUUAGAAGUACAAAAAUUUUAAUGUAUUUUAAUUAAUUAUUUAGAAUCUAUGUCUGAAGGACUAUGUUAAUGAAAUAUGUUAUAAACGAGUAAUCAAUUGUUACAGUUAUGCAAGCAACACACUGAUUCAUCUCUUUAGUUAAAUUUUAAAUAUUGAUUUGGAUUAACUAAGAACCAGUUUAAGGAUUGAAUAAAACACUAAAAAAAUAGUCAACACUAAACUACCUUCCUCCUAUGGACCUACAUUUUUGACUUAUGAUAAUUAUUUUUCGAUAGAAAUAAUUUCAAAAUAGCAUAAACUACUCUUAACCAAGGGAGGAGGGUUGAUGAAUAUUUGUAAACGUUAUCAAACUGAAUAUAGUAGGUCAAAAAAUGGUAAUACAUUAUUGCCUGCUAUUUUGGGAUUAUAUACAAUCUAAAUUGAAGAAGAUAAAUUCAUUAAUGUUGUAUUAAAGUUAAACUAAUUAAAAAUAAACUAUCCUUUACAAAUAAAUUAAAUUAGCAUCCCAGAAGAACAAGAUCACUUAAUUUAAUAAGAUGUUUUUGGUUGGAUAUAAUUAAGUUUAGAGAAAGGAUAGUUUAAAUUGUUUAUAGCCGAAAAGCUAUUUGACGAUAGAUUUUAAAUUAAAAUAGAGGAAAAUGAUUUUAAGUUAUCGAAAAGUGCAGCCUAAGAUUUAUUGACUACCUUAAGCAAGGAUAUCGAAGAGUUUUGCUUUUUCAGAAAUCUAACUCUGUCUUUGGUUUACUUCAAAUUACCAACGAAUAGAUUAGAUUCGAUGUGCAAACACGAGAACUCACUAUCUUAUCAUUACUAAUUAAUCAAGAAUAGCCAAUAAAUGACCCCAUUACAAAUGAAUGAGUACUUUAAAGGUUUAGGCUAAUUUGAAUUGGAUAGUAAAAUAGGGUUUGUUAGAAUUUACAUAGAUAACUUUUGGCAAGAAUGGGAGUACAUAUAAGAGAAUGAAAGAUGUCUUUAUUUUGAUAAACUAACGGAAUAGUUAUCAGAAAUAAUUUGA